GUACAGGGGAAACCUGGACGCGACGGCUACCCGGGGCCUCUCGGCUUGGACGGUAAACCCGGUCCUCCUGGGCAAAAAGGAAGCCAGGGGCCAUCUGGACCAAAAGGAGAUAAGGGUGACCAAGGAGAGAUUGGGCCACGGAUGGUCUUCCCUCGUUACGAUCACGGCUUCAUCUCUGCUGACCAGCCCACUUUCCAGAGACGUAUGCUGAAGGGUGAUCAAGGCCAGGCCGGUCCUCCAGGCCCACCCGGACCCCCUGGACCAAGAGGUCCUCCUGGAAACACUGGGAAGGACGGACCACGAGGUCCUCCUGGAGAACAGGGUCUCCCUGGAAAUGAUGGACAUAGGGGAUCGAGUGGUUUACCAGGUGAUCCGGGAGAAGAUGGUCAUCCAGGUUCUCCAGGCCCACAGGGACCCCCAGGGUCAAAGGGAGAACGUGGGGAACCGGGAGCUAAAGGUGACCGAGGCAUGGAUGGCCUCCCGGGCCUUAAGGGAGACAAAGGAGAAGUCGGAGAAACUGGACUUCAGGGAGAAAUGGGUCCUCCGGGCGAGAAAGGUGCCACCGGUUCCAGUGAUGUCAUCGCCUUCAACGACAAACUGCUAGACGCUUUUCAGGGACCGCCGGGUCCUCCUGGACCUCCUGGACCUCAAGGACCUCCUGGAAAGGACGGGAUGAAGGGAGAACUGGGCUUACCUGGACUUGCUGGAGUAGAUGGAGAGAAGGGAGCUAAAGGAGAUGCUGGAGAACCAGGAAGCCCUGGAGACAGAGGAGAGAAGGGAGAGAUGGGACUCUCUGGACCUGCUGGAAUGGAUGGACCGAAAGGAGAGAAAGGAGACAGCAGACUAGAAGACAACCUGGUUCAGAUGAUUUCUCAGCCAGGACCACCAGGACCUCCAGGACCAAGAGGACCUCCGGGAUUUAUGGGUCAUCCUGGGAUUCCUGGACCGAAGGGCGAUUACGGAGAGAGUAUUAAAGGAGACAAGGGAGAUCCAGGAGUUCCAGGAAAUCCGGGAGUUCAGGGCCCACAGGGACCCACAGGUCCUGCAGGGUUGGUCGGCCUUCCGGGAUCCAAGGGUGAAAAAGGAAAACAAGGAGAGCCUGGAUUAGACGGAUUCCCUGGGCUUACAGGAGAAAAAGGAGACACAGGGGUUAAAGGAGAAAAGGGCGAUCGUGGCUCUGUAGGGAAGAGGGGGCUGAAGGGGCAGAAAGGAGAGCAGGGACCGCCCGGGUUAGACCAGCCCUGUCCUGUGGGUCCAGAUGGACUUCCGAUUCCAGGCUGUUGGCACAAGUGAUUGCUAACACGAAUCAGGUUCCUGUACAUAUUCCUACAGUAUAAAUACAACCUCCUAUUUUUUUAACAAGACUCUGAUGAUUAUUCAUCAGCCUUCAGUAUUUUUUAUAGAUUAUAUAUAUGUAUAUUUUUUUCAAUAUACUUAACAUUCUGGAGCAGCCUAGGAGUUUGUAUAUUUGUAUAGAUAUAUUUUUGAACCUGUAUCGGACAUUUUGGAAGGACUGCUCCAUUGCCUCUGCUGCAUGACCCCUGCAUGUGCAUCACGUCACGUGAUCAGCGGUCGAACCGGGAGCGUUUUGUUCUGUUUUCAAAGGACGAAGGGACGAUGCAGAGGAUCAAGCGAAAGCGUCUGUCGCAGCCUUGACUACACGAGCAGAGGAGUUGAAGUCAUGGAUCCGUCAUACAGGAGCGUCUUCGUGAUGAACUGAAAGCCUGGAGAAGUAGCCCUUGCUGUGUAGGGCUGCGUGGGAGUACGUGUAGUGGCUCUCGUGACGGUCAUGUCGUCCAGAGAAGAUGUUUUGAGCUCUUCACAAGCUGACGGAUGGAGCAAAAAAAAAAGCUGGUUAUAUCUUCAUAUACGCUAACGGUCAGGUGUGAAGUGAUAUCGAAGAGCUAGCUGAUAUCUAACGUCUUGAUUUGUUUAUCAUUACUAGCGCACGCUUCGUUUUUUUUUCUUCAGGUGGUUCUUUUAUUUGUUUUGUUUUGUUUUGUAAUUAAAGAAAGGUUAGCGUGUUACUGUAUUUUUUAUUCUGAUUACGAUAAGUACACAACUACUAGAUUGUAUUAUAUUUUGUUAACAUAUUGUCAUAUUGAUUGCUUAUAUUGUUGGGAUGCUUCGUGUUACCAUGACGACCUGUGAUUUCCUUUAACAUCACAUUCAGUUUCUGUAUCUAUGUAUUAAUUUAUGGUAUAUUUUGCUACACGGUAUAUUAUGGUAUAAUUGCUCGGGAUGCAUUGAUUUGAUUGAUUUUUUUUUACCCUUUUUUUGUUGCAAACAAGGAGGUUUACGGUAUUUUAUUUAAAGGCUUGCACGCGCGCAGGCUGAGGUUAUUUGAAAUGAAAUGCGUUAGAAUUAGCUAGCUGAGUGAGCUAGUUUGGAAAAACGUUUCUGUACAGUUACGAUUCAGUUUUAUUGUCUUUAACGCAUAAAAAAAUCGUUUGUUGUUGAUCGAUGAUGAAUGACCGAUAUCGGCUGAUCGCCAAAAAUAGCAUACCGGGCACGUGCUGUUAUUUUCUCUCACACGGUAUCACCGUUAGACAUUUUUUUCCUCAGCUAUUUAGUGUCAAGGAUUGAAUUUUACGAUCAUUUUUAACAUGUUUAUUUGUUUUAUGGGAAGAUUUCCUGCUUUUCGCAGAGUUUGCUCGAUUUUCAUUGUCAUCAUUAACCGAUGUUCAUUUCAUGUCGUCAUGACAACCGUCCGGAUUUUCUCGAAAGUUCGUGCGUGUACAAAUUGUGAAGAUUGUUGUUUUGGUCAGAAAAUAAGACGAAUGAAACAAAAAUUCGUUUUGUUUGUGUAUAUUGAAUGAUGAAGUUUAUCUUUGCCUUAAUGAAAGAACAGUUUUGGGGGAAAAAUCGCACGUGUUCUGGUUACGGUCGCGUCUCAAUCCGCUCUUUAGCUCCCUAGUAUAGUGUGUACACGAGUUGUGGUAGAUUCAGUUAAACCGUAUGUUGUUUUUUUUUAUUACUACAACAAUGCUAAUAAGCUAUUUAUAUUUUAUAAAUAUGUUUUUUCGAGCUGAGAGGACUGAGAAAAUACGACAUUCAGAUUUCCAGGGCAUAGUUUUUGUAGUGCAUUGUGAAUUAGGGAGCGAGGGUAAGUUCCAGUGCACUAGCGACAGAGAGCCCUUAAAAUGGCCGACUCCCUGCUCAGUGCCCUGAUUAGUGAACUAGGAAGCUGAUUGGGACGCAGCCGAUAUUUCUGUAAGCGUUACACGACAGGCAGCAGUGCACGAGGUCACACGGUCACGUGGUAUCGAUUACUGAUCUGAUGGAGAUCAUGUGUAUUAGCCUCAGUAUCCAUGCAUCCCUGCUAACUGGGUUUUAAUAGACCAGGAAGACUCACAUGAGGUCUGGUUUUCAUUCAUGGAAAGUUCUAGAUGUUAUUGAUUCACAGAAGCGUUUACAUACAAGUUUAUUUACUACACAAGUUAAGAAUAUACUCUAUGCAGAUGAGUUGAGUUGACUUAAGCGGACGAUUUUACUCUGUACAAAUGUUUUUUUCUGCCAAUUUACACACACACACAUACACACACACACACACACACACAGGUGCAUUGUAAAUGUUCCACUCAUUUACUGCUACAGAUUAACACCAUCUCUCUCUCAUUCUCUCUCUCUCUCUCUCUCUCUCUCUCUCUCUCUCUCAUUUUCUCUCUUUCUGUCUCUCUCUCUGUCCCCCAUCUACUCCCCUCUCACUCUGUCUCUCUCUAUCCCCCCGUCCCCCUCUCUCUGUCUCUCUCGCUCUCUUUCACACACACACACACGUGCAUUGUAAAUGUUAGAUAGGAAAGAGAUGCCCCCCCCCGUCUCUCUCACUCUCACACACACACACACACUUCAGUCUCUGCCUUAUUCGAAUGUAUACAAAGCCAUUCAAUCACAAGCCAUGAUAACGCAGUGUGUUAAAUCCCGCUCACUGUGAAUCCUGGCGUGUUUUUCUAUUUCAGACUUUAUUUCAGAAUGGUUUUACUUCCUAAGUGUUGCUGCUGAACAAGUAUUUGUAUUUAUCUUUUGCGAUUUCCAAGCAGAAGCUUUCUCUCAUGCCACCAGCGCAGACAAGAGCCGAACUUCUCACAAUUUGUGUUUUAUAACAUGGAUAUAAAGGGUUUAUUAUACAAUAAUAAGCAUCCAUAGCUUGUUAACUGGUCUUUAUAGAAUGAUGGUUUAUAGACAAAGUUUCCAAAAACAUUUGAUUUUUUUUGCCUUAUAUAGUCAGUGGGGUUUACUCUGUUUGUGUUUGUGUGCAAGUUCGGCAAAAUGGUGUCGAGUUAUUGCUCACGAAAAUGUUCAUAUAUUUCCAAAUAAACUAUUUUCACUUAA